AUGAAGAAUGCAAUAUACAUCGAGAUCAUGAAGGCAAUCUUCUCAGUUGAUGAGUCCCCUGAAUUCCAAGUCCUCACUCAAGACAAUCCAGCUGUUUUCACUGCUCCAAUCCAUAGUUGGCUUGAUAAUGCACUACUUGGGCAGACAGGUGCCAGGCACACUUAUGAGGAUCUUGCAAGCAGCAACAGCACAAAAAAUAUAAUUGCAAUGAUUGAGAGGGCGUUUCCUUGGUGGGGAGAAUUGCACAGGUGGUGGUGCACAAAUCCUGCCUACAACAGCACCUGGAGUGCUGCUGAUAGUGGGCAGGAUUUCACUAGGCAUGUGGUUGAACUCUUCAAGCUGCAGCCAAACCCACCAUCCAGAGAUUCCAUCAAUCCUGCUGCAGGCCUGCUGAAUUCAUCUCAGCUGGAAGAGGGUGAAAUAGCAGAGGGUGGCGAUGAUUUUCAUACUAAUGACAACUUUUUUGCAGAUGAUUUGGAACUGAUGAAUGUUGAUGGCAACCCCCUCUUUUCACACAUCGAGAUGCCAUCAUUUCCCAUACCAUCCCCCUCCCCAGUCUUCUCUGAGCGAGAGCUGCCACCACCCAUUAUUCCAUUGCCCUCUCCAUCCUCUGCUGGAUCCAAGCAGUUGCUGUCAUCCCUCCCUGCUAAUUCCAAGCAGGUUUUCACUCACCCCCCUGCCAUCCUUCAAUUUUUCUGA